CUCCUCCUUCGGCAACUUCAUCCUUCCUGUCCUGCCGAGACUUGAUCCUACCCCACCCGCCAAGCCGGUGCAAUGAAGCUGAGGCAGUUGGAGGCGCACCUGCAAGAAGUGCAGGGCUUCCAGGAGCCGAAGGUGGCUCUGGAGCAGUACGUGACUCCGGCUCAUAUUGCUGCUCAUCUCCUGCAUGCUGCUCACGUGCAGUACGGUGACGUCGAGCGCAAAACUGUGGCAGACUUGGGCUGUGGCUGCGGCGUACUGGCUCUUGGAGCAGCCAUGUUGGGAGCUGCUGCCGUCACUGGUUUUGAUAUCGACGGUGCGGCUCUGGCGGUGUGUCAGGAGAACCUGAGUGAGUUCGAGCUGCCAUGUAUCGAGCUCGUCCAGACCGACGUUCUUCAGCUGCUCACCGACGCCGGCACUCGCUGGAGAAAUCAUUUCGAUACGGUCAUUCUUAACCCUCCAUUCGGUACCAAAAAUAAUCAAGGAACAGAUCUCAAAUUUCUUGAAGUAGCGGGCGCUCUGACCCAAGGGGCCGUGUACAGUCUGCACAAAAGCUCUACCAGGAAGCACGUCAUCCGCAAGGCCUCUACACUGGGACUCGCUGGGGAGGUCGUCGCGGAACUGCGCUACGAUCUCCCCAAGACCUACGCCUUCCACAAGAAAACCUCCGUCGAUGUACAAGUUGACUUUAUUAGGUUCACUCACAAAAACUCUUGAGGAUACAUUUCUGCG